AAAAAAAAAAAUCAAAUCGAGAUCAUCAGCUAGAUCCGAUCGCUGAAUCUUCUUUUCACGUGCAAUCCUGUGCUACGAAUCGGCCCACACUGAGAAUAUGAGCCACGCUUUCGACGCUCAUGUUCGUCUCUUUCCAUUGGCAAUCAUCUGCGUUCCUCUUCAAGUUGCUUUGCCUCUCUUCUUUUGCUCUUGCCGCAGAUAAAAGUCCAGUUAGGCGCGCCGCAUCUGCGGUGGCAUAUUAUAAUCCGUACGAUGAUAGGGGGUCUAUGCUAACGACGAUAUUGGGGACAUAUCCGCCCGGUCAGCAGGAGCCCUUGAACAUGAUAAUAUCAGGCAACUCCGACGAAGCUGUUCUCGCCUUGCAGCAGACCGAUGGAGGGCUCCUAAAUUAUUUCUUGUCAUUGUCUUUCGCCGGCGAGUGCUUAGGCUUACACGAAGGAGACUCUCAGCAAGCCAAUCUUGGGGACGGAAAAGGCCUUCUAAACCAAACGGCUGUCAUGCGCUAUGACUAUGGUGACUCUUCCGUAGGAACUUGCACAGAGACCGUGCAAGGAGGUAACCACUUUCGAUACUGGGUCCAAAACGGCACCGGGGCCAAUAGUGGUGCCAUCUUCAUGGCAGCAUCAUAUGAAGAGCCAGAAGCGGAGGGUCAUGACAUUGUGGUCAACGGAUACAACCUCGGCCGCGACUAUAUAAUCGGCAACAUCACUGGCUCCGUAAUACCCACUCUUACCUUAACCAACGCAUCGACGUUUUCAGGAUCAACAUCCUACGGAAACUACACAUACCAGACCAGCGUCAUGUAUGCUUCAGGCCUCCUACAGAACACAAGUAUUGGCAUCAACCACAACUUGACUGUAUGGGUUGAGGGUGUAACGAACGCUGUAGAUGGUCUUGUCGCCGUUCUGGAUGUUUCAAUCUCAGAACGCCCAGCUAACUCUAGCAGUGGCUCCAGUCAGACACAGAGCACAAGCUCACCACAAAACACCCAAGGUAGCGCUGGUUGGAGAUUACAUCCAGAGUUGUGGGCUCUGACCACUACUUUGAUUUGUCUUCUUUUAUCUGUUGCUCUGUAAUUUCGUUACUUAUCAAAUAGACUUUUCGAACGAUGUAAUACUUAUUCAUGUAUCUUAUGCCGCACUAACCACGAGCCGCUAAUUUGGAC